UUUCUGAAGUUUGGAAGGAGGAAAGCAAAGUUUGGGAAGACGGGUGACCUAUAUUUUACUCAGCCAUGCACAUUCAGGAGUGGUUGCGCUCGCUCCGCGCCGGUGGGGCUGAGCAGGUGGAGGUGGAGGACCUGCGGAGCCUGCUGCCGUCGCUGCCGUCCCUCAACUCGCUGUCCCUGUCGCUGUCCUCCGUCUCCUCCCUGCUGGGCCUGGGCGCCCUGGCCUCCCUCACCGCCUACUGGCUCGCCACGCGCCCCCGCGCCAUCCGCCCGCCCUGCGACCUCCACGCCCAGUCCGUCGCCGUGCAGGGAGACCCCAGCUGCAGACGUUCCGCCCUGCUUCCAGAUGACAACCUGCUGGACUUCUACUUCGAGGACACCAAGACGGCGUACGACAUGUUCCAGAGGGGCCUGCGGAUAGCAGGGGAUGGCCCUUGCUUGGGCUACAGGAAACCUGGGCAGCCAUACGAGUGGAUCUCUUAUACUGAGGUGGCAGAGCGGGCACAGGUGCUGGGCUCGGGGCUGCUUGCCAAAGGCUGCCAGCCCAACCCCAAGCAGUUCGUGGGCAUCUUUGCGCAGAACAGACCUGAGUGGGUUAUUGCAGAGUUGGCAUGCUACACCUACUCCAUGGCAGUGGUGCCACUCUAUGACACUCUGGGUGUAGAGGCGAUGGUGCACAUUCUUGACCUGGCUGAAAUCACGCUGGUCUUAUGUGAUAAAGAGGAGAAGGGGAUGGCUCUGCUGGCCAAUAAGGAGAAGGGUCUGACCCCCACGCUGUCCUGCCUGGUGCUCUUCAACUCCUUCAGCGAGGCCCUGGUGGAGCGGGCGCACAAGUGCGGGGUGGAGGUCCUGCAGCUGGAGCAGCUGAUGGAUCUAGGACGACAGAAUCUUCAAGCUCCUGCGCCUCCCCAACCCCAGGACCUGGCUGUGGUCUGUUUCACUAGCGGCACGACAGGAAAGCCCAAGGGAGCCAUGAUCACACAUGGGAACAUAGCCUCCAACACGUCCUCAGUCAUCAAGAUCCUGGAGGGCUACUUUGUGAUUCGUCAAGAGGAUGUGUCAAUCUCGUACCUGCCCUUGGCUCAUAUGUUCGAGCGCAUGAUCCAGGUGUCCAUGUUCUGUCACGGGGCACGGGUAGGCUUCUAUCAGGGGGACAUCUCUCUGCUCACGGACGACAUCAAGACCCUCCGGCCCACCUUCUUCCCUGUGGUGCCUCGCCUCCUCAACCGCAUCUACGACAAGAUCAUGGGCUCGGUGACGUCCCCCUUCAGACGGGCCGUCCUGCAUUACGCGGUGAGGAGGAAGCAGGCGGAGCUCAGCAGUGGAGUGGUGCGCAACAACAGCCUGUGGGACCGCCUGGUCUUCAACAAGAUCCAGGCUGGGCUGGGGGGUAAUCUGCGUUUCAUCCUGACUGCUUCAGCUCCCAUCUCCCCCACAGUUCUGUCCUUCCUGAGAGCAGCACUGGGCUGUUUGAUCUUUGAGGGCUACGGGCAGACUGAGUGCACCGCUGGCUGCACCUUCUCCAUGCCGGGGGACUGGAGCGCUGGGCAUGUUGGUGCACCCCUACCCUGCGCCAUGGUGAAACUGACGGAUAUCCCCGACAUGAAUUAUUACGCCAAGAAUGGGGAAGGAGAGAUCUGCAUCCGAGGCCACAGUGUGUUCCGCGGCUACCUGAGGGACGAGGGGCGGACGGCCGAGACUCUGGACGCCGACGGCUGGCUCCACAGUGGAGAUGUGGGGCAGUGGCUGCCUAAUGGGACUCUGCGCAUCAUCGACAGGAAGAAGCACAUCUUUAAGCUGUCCCAGGGCGAGUACAUCGCCCCUGAGAAGAUCGAGAACAUCUACACGCGCUGUACCCCGGUACUACAGGUGUUUGUACAUGGAGAUAGCUUACAGUCUCACCUGGUUGGAGUUGUGGUGCCAGACCCGGAAGUCUUCACCGAUUGGACCAAAGAGCGAGGCAUCGUUGGGUCGUAUGAGGAGCUUUGUCAGAAUCCAGAUGUGAAGAAGGCUGUGCUGGAGGACAUGACAGCAGUAGGGAAGGAGGCAGGACUGAAGUCCUUUGAGCAGGUGAAGGACCUGUAUCUGCACCCGGAUCAGUUCAGUGUGAGCAACGGACUCCUGACUCCCACCCUGAAGAGCCGGCGUAUCGACCUGCGCAAAGCGUUCCAAGAGCAGAUCGCCCGCAUGUACGGCAAAGCAGCUGCUUAGAGGACCCUGUGGACACCAACAAACUAGCACGCACACACACACACACACACAACCUGGGUGGCUUAAUGUUGUUCUGCACAGCGAGUCUCUGUUUCAGUGCCUGACAUGGUUGUCUGCACCCUCAUCUGGCCUGAACACUUGUGUUUAUCUUGUUAGCAUUUUUAGCAAAUCACUGUCAUAGACUUCCUGCCACACUUGGGCAAAACGGAGCUAUAAAAACACUCAAAAAGACACACACACACACAGACACACAGACACACACACAACUCUCAAAAGAAUGUUGCUUAAGGUACCCUGGGGAAUCGACCCAGCAGUGGACGUGCUGUUCUUACCCUAUUCUGAUUAUAGCAUACCUCACUGACAUAACUAGAGCACAAACACAUACACAGACAAGGGCCUUUCUUAGCUGAGCAAGAGAGUAAGUUGCUCACAUCCACAGAACAUAGCGUGUGCGUGUGUGUGUGCUUCAGAGGCUCCCAGGCAAGGGGUUCUGAAGUGAGCUUAAAGGGACUGGCCCCUUGCAUAUCCGUCCCCCGUCAUUAGGUAGAGCUCAGAAGCCUGUCCACAGCAGCAGCAGCAACAUGAGGGAUCUUCAGUGUGACCUUACUAUAGCUCUAGCGGUUAGCUUUUAUUGCAGUCCCAGCAGGAGAAGGGACCUUUUGCUCCUUUGAGAUAUCUAUUAUCGGAAGCGUCCAACGACUUAAAACAAUCCACUGUUACUUGUCGAAUCGUGUGACGGAGCGGGAGUUUCCUGGGGGCGGGGCCUGAUGUAAUUUAUGCGGGUUGUGUAAUAUACAGCGACUCUGUAAAUGAUUAAUUG